AUGCCAAUUGGCUUCCUUAAUAUUACAAGUCAUCCAGAAUUGGUAGAUUCAACAGCAAAUCUUACAGAACUCCUCUUCAACCAAAUUAAAUAUAAUGAAACAGAGAAAACUGAUGUAAAGAAAGCAAAGAGCUACGUAUACAAAUUCCAAUCAAUAUCUUAUAAAAAUUAUGCAGCGAAAUUCUUCUCAAAGAAAGGGAAAGAAUUUGUUGGAAAUAUCAAAUUAGAAUACGAAUAUUACUUUGUCGUAUUUGAUGAUUAUGUAAAAAGUACGCUAGAUUUCGGCCAUGUUAAUUUCACCCAAAAUAAUCUAUUGAUUAAGUAUGAGGAAAAUGGAGAAGUCAAAAAUUGCAAGGGAACAAAAUUCACAUAUACUUUUACACCAGAUGCAAAUUGCAAUUUCAAUGGGUUCACAGAGAUAGAAUUCUUUGGAGAGGUGUCAGCAAAUAAUUAUUAUGAGAAAAAGAAAGUUACUCCAAUCACACAUUCAUUAGUCGCAUGUUAUGAUUGCGAAAACACAGUCCUGACGAAAUAUGGUUUGUAUUAUAAUGGAAGAGGUCUCAAAAUCCAGGCAGGAGUCAGAGUUGAUGUAAAGAUUCACAUGCCAGCAGAGGCAGAAGGAUUAAUAAUUGUGGGCGACAAAUCUCCUACAAAUGCUGGCAAAUUUGAUUUAUACAUCAAUGAUUUAAAGUAUGGUACAGUUGACACUCAUCUGAUAACACCUUACGAAGAAACUCAGAUAUCAGGAUCAACACUAUAUCAAGCACCAUUAUUUAGUUAUUCGCAAUUGUACGAUAAAUUUCUUGGAGAAGAUGGCUCAUUCACAGAAAAGAAUUUUACAAUUUCUAUUAGAUGCAUUGAAGGGCCCGUAACAAUUGCUGGUCUUGUUGGACAUUUCGAUAUUCUUCCAGUAGAUGAUUUCAAUUAUUCCAGCCACGUAAUUCCAUACGACCCAUUGUUUGAUGAAAACAUUCUUCCAGUUGAUAAUUUCACUUCUGAUUCAAUUGUUGACGAUCCUGAUGUUAACUUUACUGCACCUCUAAAUUCAACAUUUGAAGAAAUACUUCAUACUUGCAAUGAAACCGAUAAUUCAACAACAUGCAACCAAACAGUAACUCCAAAUGAUGAUGAUAUUCCUGAUGGAGAGUAUCCACCAGAGGUUGUCCCACCUUCCGAAACAUCAUCUUCAUCAUCAACAGAAAGUGAAUCAACUACUUCUUCAUCAACAGAGAGUGAAUCAACUACUUCUUCUUCAUCAACAGAAAGUGAAUCAACUACUUCUUCAUCAUCUUCAUCUUCAACAGAAAGUGAAUCAACUACUUCUUCAUCAUCUUCGUCAACAGAGAGUGAAUCAACUACUUCUUCGUCAACAGAGAGUGAAUCAACUACUUCUUCAUCAUCUUCGUCAACAGAGAGUGAAUCAACUACUUCUUCUUCAACAUCAACAUCAACAGAGAGUGAAUCAACUUCUUCUUCAUCAACAUCAACAUCAACAGAGAGUGAAUCAACUACUUCUUCAUCAACAUCAACAGAGAGUGAAUCAACUUCUUCAUCAUCAACAUCAACGGAAAGUGAAUCAACCACUUCAUCAUCUUCAUCUUCAACGGAAAGUGAAUCAACCACUUCAUCAUCUUCAUCUUCAACAGAGAGUGAAUCAACUACUACUUCAUCAACAUCGACAAAGAAUGAAUCAACACCAAUUCCACCACAAGAAAAAACACCAGGAAAGGAUAUUACAUCAGAAUCAGAUACAUCAGAUCUCAUCAAUAAUGAAGAGGAGCUGACAGAAUCAUCUUCUUCUGAAAAUGCAAACUCUGCUAAAUUAUCUAAAGGAGCAAUUGCCGGAGUUGUUGCUGGAGGAGUUAUCGGAUUUGUUGCAAUUGUUGCAAUUGCUAUAGUUGUUGCUCUUUACAUCAUUAAGCGUUCACCCAAAGCAACUGCUGAAGGAGAAGAGCUCGUUGACGAUAAUGACUUUUCUUUGGAUAUAUAA